AAGAAGGGGCUGAAGUGCUGCAUGGCCCAGAGAUGCCUGUAGCUGUGGACGGAAGGAGCGGGGAGGAAAAGGUUAACACUAAAGCAUCCUGGAGCCGGCACACUCCCAGAGGCCACACCCACUGGCUCCCCAACGACCAGGUCUGCACAGGGACUCUGGCAAAACCCAAUGGCAAGUCUCUGGCGGCUGUGAGGUGGUAACUGUGGUCGCCAAGGUUACAGGAGUUCAGGGAUUCUCGGGGGGGGGGGGUGCAUUUACCAGUGGGGUCCUUGAAAACUGGGACAUAAUGACACCUUUCCAAGGUCCCACAAAUGUGAGAUUCCACCUUCAGAGGAUAUCAGGUGGCCAAGGGGACACGGGACAACCUCCUUCUCCUCCCAGGGCUCUUCAGACACCAGGACUGCACAGAUGUUAACACUGGAGAAUGAAGAGCUGGGACCCAAGCUGAGUCAGAGGGAGGGGAGACUCCAUGGUCCUAAGAAGGUGAUGGAGACCUGCCAGGUGUCCAGGAGCCCCCGAGAGCGGCUGCUGCUGCUUUUGCUGCUGCUACUGCUUGUGCCCUGGGGCACCGGCCCCGCUUCAGGUGUUGCCCUGCCCCUCGCUGGUGUGUUCAGCCUCCGCGCCCCCGGCCGGGCCUGGGCUGACUUGGGUACUCCCCUGUCUCGACGCAGCCUGGCGCUAGCGGACGACGCAGCCUUUCGGGAGCGCGCGCGCCUGCUAGCCGCCCUGGAGCGCCGCCGCUGGCUAGACUCGUACAUGCAGAAGCUGUUGCUGCUGGACGCGCCCUGA